CCAAUGAAAUAUUUUGUGACAAAAUCCAAUUACAGUUGUACAACACGACAGAGAUUUUUUUCUUGUCGUAAAACAACUUUAAAUGGCAUCAUAUGGCUCAGUUCCAGAUCUAAUAAGUAGUAGCGUAACGGUAGAUAUUGGAAAAGGCUAUGUCUCUGAUGAUGGCAUGAAACAGACUUCUACCACAGAAACCAUCUACCCAUUUGUCAGUCCACAGAAAUCUUUCAUCCGUACAGUCACAGCUGCAUUUCAUUCUAUACUACGCCUGAAAGAGACAAAGAAGAUUUUAGUGUUCCUGGCAUUGAAUGUAUUUGGUACGGCAACGUUGUUGGUAUGGUGUCAUGACACUAACAGUAUGGCUUUGACAGCCUACACAUACCUUACUAUAUUUGAUCUAUUCAGGUGAGUUUAUAUUUCUU